ACAGCGGUUAUUUAUAAUAGGCCUGCUGAAGGUAAAGAUGGCGGAGUCUGAAGAACCAAAAGCGGGCCCUUGCACUUUUUUGUUCAAAAAAUCUACCAGAAAAUUCUCCGGACGAAAGAGAAAAGCAAGCGACAGCGACAAAGAUGGCAAUAGUGAUGAGGACCAGAGCUCUGUGGUCAGAAAAGGAAAGAAAGACACUCGAGUCAACCCAAUGAUUCAAAAGUCAAAGAAGGUGGAGAGAGACGCUGUAUCUUCCAGUGAAAGUGAAUCUGAAAAAGAAGACAAGAAGAUCACUGUCGCCUACAAGUCCACACGGUCAGCAAAACCGGAGGGACCCGAGGACAUGGGUGCAACUGCUACAUACGAGCUGGACACAGAGAGAGACAAGGACGCUCAGGCCAUCUUUGAGAGGAGUCAGAAAAUCCAAGAGGAGCUGGAGGGUAAAGAGGAUGAUAAAAUCUACCGUGGCAUUAACAACUACCAAAAAUUCAUCAAGCCAAAAGAUACCAUCAUGGGAAAUGCCUCCUCUGGCAUGGUCAGAAAAGGGCCAAUCCGAGCCCCUGAGCACCUGAGAGCCACAGUCAGGUGGGAUUACCAGCCGGACAUCUGCAAGGACUACAAGGAGACUGGUUUCUGUGGUUUUGGAGACAGCUGCAAGUUCCUUCAUGACAGAUCAGACUACAAACAUGGCUGGCAGAUUGAGAGGGAACUGGAGGAGGGCAGAUACGGAGCCAAUGAUGAUGAGAACUACGAGGUGAGCAGUGACGACGAGGACUUACCCUUUAAGUGCUUCAUCUGCAGGGAAUCCUUUAAGAAUCCCAUCAUCACAAAGUGUAGGCACUAUUUCUGUGAGACCUGUGCUCUUCAGCAUUACCGCAAGUCCAAGCGUUGCUAUGUAUGCAACACUCAAACCAAUGGCGUCUUCAACCCCGCUAAGGAGUUGAUGGCUAAGAUGGAGAAGCGUAAUGCCGCAACAGACCAGCCGCCAUCAGAUGAGGAAGAUUAGCAACAUCUUAAUCUUUUCAACCCUCCCCUUAUGUUUGUCCAUGUACUUUUUCAAUAAAAUAACUUUUUUUUAGAUAGUUAA